GAUCGAGGUGCUUCUCAUGUCGUCACUUCUAGAGCACCUCAAAUCAAAGUUGCGGAUCAGAUGGAACAGUGUGGCAAUCAGGCCCAAUUUGUUUGUGACCAUCCGAUUGACGGGCCGAUUGUUGUGAAGAUUGCCAACGCGGAGGGUGGCAAGAAUGCUGUCCACAAAAUCACCGGCUCACAAUCGACUGAUGGAAAUGUGAAAACUGACUGGACUUUCCUCUCCUCGUAUCGGAAAUGGCUUGCCGUUGGAGAUGCUAACAGUAAUCUUCGUCUUCUCUGGAGUACAGGCUGUGCUAUUUGUCCACCCCUACGCCUCGACUCUCCCAUUCAAUUUCUUGCUGCCACUGUGCUCGACGAUUCCACUGAGAAAUUAGCUGUUCUCACUUCCUCCGGGUGUCUCACCAUCUGGAAAUUGAGUGCCAAAAUGUUGAGCUGCUCGGGUUCUCAUCUUGGCUGUGGUAUGGAGAAAAAUUUGCCGAAAAUUGUUCUCACAACCAAGUUGGACACCACGCAUUUCCCAGCUGUGGACCUCGCGUUCUCCCCCGGUGAAGUCAAGCACCCAGUUGUACAUUUCAAACUCGGAUCUUGUGCUCUCUUUCACGUAGAUAGGAAACUAUGGGUCGAGUUAUUCAAUGCUGGUGAAGGUGGAGAGGAUAGUUUCAAGCGGCGUGCUGCGGCGACACUCCAUCGAACUUGCCCAUCCGGCCCCCUUUCGGAGAUGCAGAAAUUUGGCCGACUAAAUGUCCUGGUUACUGGUGAUUUGUCUGCAAAUACACCCUCGCAUCGUAGAGACCUACAGGAAUUCUAUGAUACACAGAUACAAGUAGCUGAGAUGUUUGGCUCGGCUGCAGAAUUCAGGUUCUGGCUCAAUCGGUGGUUCCAACAACUUGUUAUUGAAAAUGACGAAAGGCGUAUUCGUCAAGUAUGUCUUGAUUUCAUUGGUCCAAUGUCAUCUUCCCUUAACACUUCAUGGGAAUCUACAAUCAAAGGUUUAUCAAAGCGAUCUCUUAUGAAGGAACUGUUUCCGCAUUUUGCAAUGGAUCUGGGAAUGCAGAGGCUGUAUGUAGAAAUGAAGGAGCUGUUUGAUAAUACUGAGGAUUCCGAAUAA